AUGGAGCUCACGCCAAACACCAGCCCAAGGGAAGCCAAUAGCCCGGGAGAUACGCAGCAACGUGCUGGGGCCGCCAAAUCAAAAGCCACCAUUAGAGCAUCUCUCGCCUGUGUGCCCUGUCGAUCAAAGCACGUCAAGUGUGACUCGGCCUUACCAACCUGCCUAAGAUGCCGCUUGGAGGAGAAGACCUGCUACUACGCAAAGUCUCGCCGAGGUAUUCGGGAUGCCAAGAAACGCAGUCUCAUCAACGAUCCUAUCGCACCUCCUUCAGCCUCGCCGGACACGCCAGUCUCUUUCCCAUCUCCCGAGGUGGCGAGCUUCGAUAUUCCCAUUCACGUAGUCGACAAGCUACCCUGUGGAUGGUCUCUGGCCAGGAGCUCUCAUCUCCCUGACUUGAACACCGCAUCACCGACUUCGCUGCUCUUCGAUCUUUACUUCACCAACUUUCACGAUACCCAUCCGUGGCUCCUGCCCAGGAACCAGCUCCUGAGUCGUAUUCGGUCAGACCCUGAGCCUUUCCAUUUCCUCACAAGCUGUAUCACGUACGUGGGAUCACUCUUCUCAAAUGCUGUCUCAUCAGAGGAGCUUCGAGAGAAAGCAUUCAGUCUCGCAAGUGGCAGCUUGCCUAUGACUUGCUGGACUGUACAGGGUCUCCUCGUUCUCAGUGUUGCUGCUUUUGGCGAGGGACGAUUGGACUUGAGUGCGGGGUGGAUGGACGCUGCAACUCAGAUGGCUCUCGAUCUCGGCAUGCAAGACAAGUCGUUUGCAGAUGCUGCAGGUGAUCCUUUCGUUGCAGAGAGCUCACGAAGGACCUACUGGGCGCUUUACUGGCAAGGCAACAUGCGAGCGAUGCGCGAGGACUCGCCCGCUUUCAUGUUGUCCGGCGUUGUCGCAACGACUGAACUUCCAUGUGAAGAAUGGGAAUAUCAGUCAGGGGAGAUUCCACAACCGUUGUCCCUUAAGAAGUACAACGCAAGAGAUCCUAUGGAUGAAACGAGCCAUUCGUCGUGGACGUAUCUCAUUGAUCUGUGCCGGUUGAGCACGGAGUUGAUACUCCCCAUGCCAACACUGCCACCAGGACUAUUGUCUAAUACCAUCGAUAGAGCCGACUCCAGAUUGGUCAGUUGGCUCAUCAACCUACCUAAAUGGAAACAACAGUUGGUGGACUCGGGGGGUGCAGUUGACAUGGUUCUGUUUCACGCGAUGGCCUACGCGUAUAGCCUGAGGAUCAAGAUGCAACUACCCAUGGAAGCGUCGGGAUUUGGGAUCCGGGACCUGCUCACGCUUGGCCCGCUCUUCAAAGCGCGCGACAUGACCUUACCUCGGAUGCCGCGAUGCUCCAGCUCGACUUAUCCAUGGCUCGAAUGCUCAACCGCCCUACAAGCAGGCCUGUCGACAAUCGGUCUCUUCAACUUCUCGCUUCCACCGGCCCGAUACAGCCCUGCAUGCAUCAUCGGGUUGCGAAGGGCCGCUCUCGCACUACUCGAUGCGAGAAUGUAUGGCGGAUCAGAUUCACCAGCUCUGCGUGAGAAGCUUGAUCUCCUGCUCGGCGUACUCAAGGUUGCCGGUGAGAUGUGGCCCAUCGCAAGAAGCAUUGGCAAUGAAGUUAGCGAAGUGUUGAGAGAGCUUAAUGUGACCAACAAUCGUGACAGCGUCACUCAGCUAAACUCAUGCAUGGAUGCUUUCAUCACUGACAUGUCAACGCCUGCGGUGGCCCCAGAUCCUGGCAUGUUUUCAUUUCCUGAGCCAAGAACAGUGGAGGAGAUGUUCAACUGGAGCACCGGAAUCAUGAACAUGGGAUUGUGA